UCCUGUUGCUGUUUAUAACAUAUGCUGCCAGAUGUUCCAUCGGACUAUUUAUUGAUCCUGUGUGGUUCCUUAGUAAAGAACUGGGGAAGUGUCGUGACAGCUAGCGAACCUUGCUCUGACUCCACACAGAUACCUGUAGUCAUCAUCGAUAGUCAAAGCAUUGAAAUCUAGUCCAGGUGGUGGGAUUGUACCCUUGACCACUACGACCUUCUUAGACAAAUCUAAGUACUUUGUUUUCAUUGGCUCCAUUCGCUGGUAGAAGUCUCUGAAAGGCUGUUUUCUCUGAUGCUGAGUCGGUGUCGUGUUUGAUUUAAACAACAAGUCUCUAGAACUAAGAGAUCAAGUCUCUGGGAGAGAGAAAGAGAAGAACAUGGGAGUCGCUAACUCCAGGGAUCACCAUCUCUACCACCCCUCACAGUCUCCCAUCAAGGUGGUGCUGAAAAGACGCAACGAGCCACUGAAGAAGGAGUGUCUUAAAUGGAAGAAUGAGUACCCUAUGACAGAGGGCCAGCUGAGGUGUAAGAGGGAUGAGUUUUGGGACACGGCCCCAGCCUUUGACGGCAGGAAGGAGAUUUGGGAUGCGCUCCGAGCAGCAGCGGUGGCCGUAGAGCUUAACGACCUGGAAAUGGCUCAGGCUAUAGUGGACGGAGCCUGCAUCACACUACCACAUGGUACUCUGACAGAGAGUUAUGAUGAACUGGGGAACCGCUACCAGCUUCCUGCUUACACUCUAACCCCUCCCGCCAAUCUCAUCACUGAACGCACCAAUGACAGCGAAGCUCCCGAUCAAAAGGAGCCGAAAAAGCCUCCCGCCUUUUCCAAAGAGGAGUUCCAGCUACGAGUUCGACUCUCGUGCGGUAAGGACCUCCGUAUAAGCGCCUCCAUGUCAGACACCAUCUCCCAGCUGAAGACAGUCCUGGAGGGGCAGGAGGACAUCGAAGUGGCCCACCAACGCUGGUUCUUUGCCGGUAAACUGCUCACAGACAAGAUUCGACUCCAGGACACCAAGAUACAGAAAGACUUUGUGGUCCAGGUCAUCGUCAACAACUACUUACCAGUUACCAAACUCAUGCCAAACUGAGAAGAAAUGGAGAAGGAUGGAUGGGAGAGCAGGAGGAAAGGAUUGAGAUGAAAAGGGGACAGAGAGAGGGGUCGCGAAAGACUGGGAUAGAGUGCAGGCAGAAAAGGAUGGGAGAAUGUUGGUCAAGGCCUUAUUUCUCUCCUUUGGAAGUUCAAGCACACCAGGGUCAUGUUCAUUAGUGCACACCGUAGGAAAACGUAACAAAACAUUUUGCAACAUUUCUCAUUGGUCAUGUUCAGAUGGUCCGAAAUGUGGAAAGACUUUUCUUCCAUUUCGUGCCUAGUGAAUAGGACACUGGACUGUUGGUUGCUGCAAUGGAAUGUUGGUUGCUGCAACAGAAUGUUGUAAUUAGUUUGUUUGCUUUUGUAUUUCUUAUCCUCUUUUUGAAUUUUCCUAAUGAGCCCACAUUGUUACUGAGUAAAAAUACACAAAUUCUGCAUAGCUUGGCAAAGCACUGACAAACUGUAUAAUGAACGGGAAGAGAAUCAUGGCAUAUGGAGAAGAGAUAUUUCUCCCAUGAAUCUGUCUGUCUACAAAUCAUUCCUUGUGAGUUUGUCCUUGUGGAACUUUGAACUGUGGAAAGUGUCCUGCCUGAUGGUACAAAUAUUCUAUUGGAUCUCUAUCUAUACUGAAAGCCAAUCGAUUUGUACCCUAUCGAUUGUCUAAUGUUUACCUAAUGGGAGAGAAGAAUAUUGACAGAUUAAUGAACGAAAGUGUAUGUAUUGUUUCAAUACUUGUUGGAUCAUCAUAUACAAAUAUUUGAAAUUUUACGUGACAAGGUUCAUGAAAAGUCAACGAUUUGAGGAAAAAGUGAAUAUACAGGUUUAUAAAGGUGAAAAUAGCAGAUUUGAUUUCCAUCUACUGUAUUUUUUGAACCAAUUAUGGAGAAAAUGCUGGAAAGUGUAUGAAUAUUUGUUAAUGAAUUUAUUAAUAAA